ACUACGUUCUCCGCGUGAAGAAACUACUAGAAAUACGAAUGGAUGAUCCGAAUCGUUUAAAAGUUUUAAAAGAAAAUUCUGAAUGGGCUCGCACGAGUAUUGGUUCAAUUCGAUAUGUGUAGAUAUUCGAUCUAAGCUUCUCAUUCUUGAAAAAAAGGGAAAAGAAGAAAAGAGCCGAUCCUUGCGCAGACGACACGGAUUAAAGGUUGAUUCCACACAUCCCCUCACCGAAGCUCUGAACAAAAACGAAGCUCUGCUUUCUCUUCAAUGGCUACUUCGAAAUCCCAAAAACCCUCCUCCUCCUCUUCUUCGAAUCCUGAAUGCAAAGGUAGAUACGACAUUUUCUUGAGCUUUAGGGGCUUAGACACCCGCAAAAAGUUCACCGAUCACCUCUACCACGCUCUUGUGCGCGAGGGCUUCCAAACAUUCAGAGACGACGACGAGAUCGACCGGGGUGAGGUUAUCAAAUCUGAGUUGCUGGAAGCAAUCCGGAAUUCCAGGAUGUCGGUGAUCGUGUUAUCGGAAAACUACGCCAAUUCCACGGGGUGCCUGUUUGAACUCCACACGAUUCUUCAACUCUGUAAGAAGUCGGAUCAUUUCGUUUUGCCCGUGUUUUACGAGGUGGAACCUUUGGUGGUCAAGGAGCAGUCCAAGAAUCUGAUUUUCGAAAAAAAGGAAGUGACGGUUGAGAAAGUGAAGGUGUGGAGUGCAGCGCUUAAAGAGGUUGCGAGUAUGGCUGGGAUGGUUUUCCGGAAGGAUUCUGAUGGGUACGAAGCCAACUUCAUUAACAAAAUUGUAGGAGUACUCAAAAGUAAGCUAGCUGGCAAGCACCUGAGGGUUGGCAACCACCUAAUAGGCAUGGAUUUUCGAACUAAACAUGUUAGUUUGUGGUUAAACAAUAGGCUAUCUGGAGUUGGCAUUCUUUUGAUAUCUGGAAUGGGUGGAAUAGGGAAGACAACGAUUGCUAAAGUUGUGUACAACUCAAACCAGGGUAGAUUUGAUGCUGCUUGUUUUCUCCCAAAUAUCAGAGAAGUUGCCAAGGGACCCGAUGGAUUGGUUUCUUUGCAAAGACAACUUCUUUCAGAUAUUUUAAGGAAAGAAGAGCGCAACGUGAAAGAUAUUGAUGAUGAAUAUAGGAGGAUGAAAUAUGCGUUAACCAACAAAAGAGUUCUUCUUGUUCUUGAUGAUGUGGAUGAGACGGACCAACUAUAUGCAUUACUUGGUCAUCAAGAUUGGUUUACUCCAGGAAGUAAAAUUAUCAUAACUGCUAGGCUAGUGAGCGUGCUAAAUGGUUAUGAAAGUUAUCAAGUGUAUAUGCCUGCAAAGUUAUCCUUCUAUGAUUCACUUGAGCUUUUCAGUUGGCAUGCUUUUGGACAAAAUAGUCCUAUUAAAGGUUUUAUGGAGUUAUCAAAAUUAUUUGUGCGACAUUGUGAAGGGCUUCCUUUAGCAUUGCAAGAAUUGGGGUCUUCAUUGCGCAGGAAAAGCUUAGAUAUAUGGGUAAGUGCAUUACAGAAAUUGGAAGCAAUUUCUAACAAGAGAAUUCUGGAAAAACUCGAAAUAAGCUUUGAUUCUUUACAAGAUCAGCACGAUAAAAAUCUCUUCCUUGAGAUAGCUUGUUUCUUUGCCGGAAAGAAGAAAAAUGACACGAUCACAAUACUCAGUGGAUGUGACUAUUUUGCACUUGUUGGAAUUCAUAAUUUGGUCGAUAGAAAUCUCUUAACAAUUGAAAAUGAUAAGCUCAGAAUGCAUCCGUUACUUCAAGACAUGGGAAAACAAAUUGCUUGCCGCGAGUCUAAGUAUCCUGAGGAGCGUAGCAGAAUAUGGCUCCCUAAAGAGUCCCUGAACGUAUUACUUGAAAAAUGUGGUACAAAAGCAAUUGAAGGCCUCAUUCUUGACAUGAUGUUGAAGAAUGAGAAUGUAAGUUUGGCUCGUCGUUCCGGGCACUUCCUUGAGUACCCUGCUUUCGGAAAUUCAAACCUGGUAUUGGAAACUAAGGCAUUUGGAAAGAUGCGUAACCUGAGAUUGCUCAAGCUCAGUGGUGUACUACUCUCUGGAACUUAUGAGGCAUUUCCCAAAAGAAUAAGAUGGUUGUACUGGCGUGGUUUUCCCUCAAGAUCUUUCCCCAAUGGAUUUCCUAUGGAGUACCUGGUUGCUCUUGACAUGCGUUAUAGCAACUUGAAACGACUUUGGAAACGAACGAAGGUUCUUGGAGCAUUGAAAAUCCUAAAUCUCAGUCACUCCAUUAAACUUGCCAAAACUCCAGACUUCUCAACAAUCCCCAAUCUAGAGAAACUGAUUCUCAAAGAUUGUCCAAGUUUGGUCGAGGUGGAUGAAUCCCUUGUAAAACUAGAGAUGCUUUCUUCAUUGAAUCUAAGAGAUUGCAAAACUCUGAGAAAGCUUCCGAGAAAUAUUAGUAUGGUAGAAUCCCUUGCUGAAAUUAAUAUUUCUGGUUGCUCAAAUCUUGUGGGGGCAGUAGGUGAGCUGGAGAAGAUGAGAUCACUGAUAGUGCUUCAUGCUGAUACGAUAGGUAUAUGGUACUGGGUUCCAAAAUCAAUGAUAAAUGAAAUGUUAUUGGUCUCUUUAGUAAGCCGUUUGAAACAUCUAUUCCUUACUAAGUGCAACAUCACUGGUGAUGAAUUUCCCAACGAUCUUGGUAAACUCUCCAAUUUGAAGCAAUUUUUUCUGGGUGGAAACCCUGUUUCAAGCCUACCAAAAGCCAUUAAAGAUCUUACGGGGCUCCAAAUGCUGGAUUUGUCUCGGUGUCGAAAGCUCCAGCAGAUUCAUUUUCCACCGAUUGGUUUAGAGGAACUGGUUGUUACAGAGUGCCAAGCAUUGGAAAAAAUAACCUACGAGACUUCGGCCAGUAUAAAGAGGAUCUUGCAUGGUGCUUGCAUGAGUUUAGAUUACGUUGAGGGUGGUUUCAAGAUCUUACCUGUCAAAAAAGUCGAUGUGGAACUGAUCAACAAAAUUGGAUUCUUCAACUUGGACUCCAUGGAAAAUGUUGAGGCGUUCGUUGUGAACUUAAUUGUAUGGAGUAGAAAGAAGUGUCCCAUCCAGAUACUGCAAGAACGUAAUAUAUUCAGCACAUUUUUUCCUGGGAGAGAAGUUCCACCCUGGUUUAGCUACAGGAACCGUGGAUCCACUGUAUCUUUAACUAUGACUUCAUCAUCUGCUCAUUGCCGUAUUUCAGGCUUGAAUCUUUGUUUGGUAUAUACAGUUCCUGAAAAUCUGGAUUGGUUGACCGAACCUUUAGAAGUGGAAGUAUGUAACAAGAGCAAAAGGAUGAAGAGGGUUUACACACCAAGGUGCUAUGGCAUUCCAGAAGCAGGUGGAGAUAUGGUGUGGUUAAGCCAUUGGCUACCUGAACCAACAGUUUUUCAAAAGGGCGAUGAACUGCAAGUUUUGUUCAAUUUGAAAGUUGAUGGACAAAUUAAGGAGUGCGGAGUCCACAUUUUUUGUUUCAGAGAGGAUGAGGUGGGCAAAUACUUUCACACGAUAUACCAUUCAUGGGAUUCAAACAUGUUUCGGGUUGUGGCUUUGCAAGAAGAAGAGGAAGCAGCAGCAGCCGGAGAAGAUGCAGAAGGAGGAGGAGGAGAUGAAAAAGAAGUUACAACUUAAGAUGUAAUGAGUAAAGAAGCCAAAGUUGCCGCAGGUGAUAUAUCAAGUCUCAGAGUUAGCUGAAGAAGUUGAUGACAGAGCAGUACGUACCAGCUCAUAAAGGUCCUAACGGAUUUCCACAAGAAUCUUCCAUGUCAGCUAAUUAAUGUGAAAUGAAGAUCGAGUUUUCUUCUGCAUUGUGUUCUACCUCUUCUUUGUUGAAAAGUCAGCUUGAAUAGGAUUGAGUCAGAUAAGUUUCAACAGGCAAGUGGAUAAUUGGGAGAAGAAAAACGUGGAGCACUAUUUCUUAUUAGGCUUGAAGUCAUUGGAGCUUCUGUGAUAUGUUUUUGGGAAUUUGCAAAAUAAAUGAGAGAUUAUCUCAUCUUCUUCUUUUUUUUUCUUUUUUUUCUGCCUAUAUAUAGGUUGUAAUCUGUAUUGUAAAAGAGUGUGGGAGUUGAGUGAGAGAAAGACAGAGAGACAUGUGAGAGCAAUGUAAUCGUUUGUGUGCUUUAUCAAUAAAAGGAUGCUUACUAUUGUGUGUGA